GUUGCUCCCAUUUAAUAUGACUUGGUAUGUCUGAUGUCCAGUUUGUUUUAUUAAACUACUUUUCUGGACUGUGUGAAUAGCAGUCAGGGUGAAGGCCGGACACAGCGUUGGCCAUCCUGUAUGAUGAGCUAUGGCCGAGAGAGACUGAGGGAAUGUGACCUUUUUGAUUCAUCUUGAUAUCUCAGGGUCUUUCAAUCUCAUCAGCCAUGGUUAUUCUUCUGGGACAGUUGUCUGAACUGGGAGUGAGAGGCACUGGAUUGCAGUGGUUUCAUUCCUGCUUGGAUGUUUGGCAUCAUAAGUUGGAGCCUGGUGAAUAUUGCUCGGUGGAUUCUCCAGUAAGAGGUCAUAGAGGGGUGAGGGUGUAGACAAGUGAGAUUGGUCUGGCUGCAACAAUGAACUGGAUAAAGGCAAAUAAAUGGAACCUCAAUCCAGACAAGACUGGGUUGCUGUUUUGACUGGAUGGAGAGCAAUUUGUUCUGGAUGGAGUUACGUGCUUCCUGAAGGGGCGGGUUUGUGGCUUGAGGAUUCUGCUAGUGCCAUCUUUGCCACUUCAAGGUCAGGGGACCUUAGUGCCACUCCAGUGACGUGCAGUGACUUUGUUUCAUAGUCCAGCUAUAUACCCCUAUCUGGCUAGAUAGAGAUAAUCUGGCUUCAGUCAUCCACAUUCAGCCAGUAUUGAUGUUUUGGCAAGUCACAGCAACGAGAACACUCCAAGUAAUGAUGUGGCAACAGGUAGCGCGCAUCCUGAAUAUAUUGCUUAUUUCCUGAUUCCUGUAUUCUUCCUUAUGGGGCUCCUGGGGAUUUUCAUCUGCCAUAUAUUGAAGAAAAAGGGUUAUCGGUGUACAACGGAAGCAGAGCAAGAAGAGGAGAAACUUGAAGAAAAGAUAGAGUUAAAUGACAGUACAAAUGAUAAUGGUGACACUGUGGGAAAAAUUGUUGACUACAUUAUGAAAAAUGAAGCUAAUGCUGAUGUGCUGAAGGCCAUGGUGGCAGAUAACUCUGUGUAUGAUCCAGAAAGUCCAACGAGUCCAACUACUCCAGGCAGUCCAACGAGUCCAAUUUCUCCUUUGUCAAGUGGAGGUCCUCAGUCAAAACAUACUUGCCGAGGUCGUCACUUGCAUACAGUUGGUGGAAUUGCGGGCACAGAGGCGUGUACUCGCUGCAGUCAGAAAAGAUGGCAUCUAUUCAGUCCUGCUAAAAAAUCUAAAGAUGCAAGAAAAGCCCGGCAUGGAGAAGUCACAGUGCUGUCUGUGGGAAGAUUUAGAGUCACUAAGGUGGAACACAAAUCUGCUUCAAAGGAGCGUAGAAACCUGAUGUCUGUCAGCAGUGGAGAAGGCGUCAAUGGUGAAAUGCCAGCCACUCCUGUCAAAGAAGACUCUAAAGAGGCGCCAGUUACACCUGCUAUCAAGCAGGGCUCAAAACAGCUGCCGUCCACACCUGCUGAGCAAGGGAGCAGAGUGAGAACUGAUGCAGACUAAUGCUUGGGUAUAGCAAGUUACUGAAACCCAAUGUGAGGUGGAAGGCUUUAAGAAAAAUCACAGAAACAAUGCCAUUUAGAAAAAAUAUCAAAAUUUCCCCAAGACAUAUUUGUAAAUGCACCGUUGAUGUGCAUAACUUCUGUGACUGAAUCGCUACAGGAUUUGGUCCCAGGUAUUUAAUAUUUUUAGUAACUCAGAAUGUAAUGACAUUUUUAUAAGUUGAAGCCAACCAGAACAUGGUCAGCAGUUUUAUAUUUUAAAUAUGUGUUUUUACUUCUAAGAAAGCAGAACCUGAUGGGAUCCUUCAUUGAAUGGACAAAACAUUAAUCCGUUUGCCAAAAUAGGCCUUCUGCUAUGUUACAAUGGAUAUUGCAUUGCAUUACAUUUUUAGAGGAGUAGUUUGAUACAUUGCACAUUUUUGUAAACAGUGUGGGAAAGGACCAAAACUGUGAGCCAUGUUUUAAAUUUAAUUUAUUGCUAAAAUACCAAUGACUGCUACAUUAAAAGUACCAUCUAAUUAUGUUUUCUCUGCAUACUUACCGUAUUUAAUAUUUUUGUGCUCAUAGCAAUCUGUGCCAUCUCUAUCAAGCUGUACAGUUUCCUCCUGAGUACAGGUACAUAUACGUACAUGUGCUGAUACAUCAAGUCUUUUCAUGGGUCUUGGUAGAUAUUGCUUAAAUCCUGAAAAAUCUCAGAGCACCUUAGUCCACUUAACAGAUUUUUAAAUCAGUGACUAUGGAACCACUUUUUGACUUUUUUUCCUGUAUGUGAAUUGAUCUUCAGUUGUGACUUUUCUUCUGGCUGAUAGUUCUUCUUUGGGCAAAUUGUGACAAUUAAUAUGCUUCUGAGUUCUCUAAUAUCAUGCAUCUGGUGGAGAAUUUCAUGUGUUAGUACUGCUAAAUGCCCUCCAGAGAACUGUGAGAAACACUACUCGUAACACUAGGAUUGGCAUUACCCAGGAAAGUAGCGACUGUCAGAGCUACCUGAUUUCCAAUGUCAAAAAGGCAACCUUCGAUAAUGGAUUCUUACUUUGUGUAUGACUAAAUAUAUAAGAUGUCAAGAUCAGGAAGUUAUUUAGAAUUACAAUAAAUAAAACAUGUCAUUUUAGAGGUGUAUGUUCUUGAAGGUUUCUUUCCCUACCUUUCUCUAUUUUGAAUUUAGCAGAAAUUGACCUAAAUAACCUAAUAAUAUCAAUUGAUUAAUUCUUUAUUCAGGCAUUGAACAGCCAAUAAAACUCAAAAUUACAUUUAGUUAAAAUAAGAAAAAUACAGCACUUCUAAAAUUACAGUAAUUAAGAUAAGGAAAAUAAAAGCAUUCUGGUAGAACCUAACAACAUUUAGGGUUAAUUCUACCAUGCAUUGUACAAACUAUCAAACAGAAUUUGGCUGUAGUCAAGGAGAUAAAAUUGGAUUGAUUGGAUAAAAGUAUCCUAAGAGAAAAAGAAUCAGUGCGACCAGGAUAUUUAGAAGAGAGUGGAAAUAACAGUUCCUGGCGAGCACCUGUAUAGAGAGGGCAAUAAAGAGUAACAUGCUUCAGCGAUUCAAUUACUUCUCCUCCACAUGGACAUAGUCUUUGUUCAAGGAUAUUUUGUGAUACCUCCAUUCAGUAAUGACUGUUGGGAGGACAUUCAGUCUAGCUAGAGAUAAAGCCCUUCUGAAUUUGGGGAGCAUUAUGCGAUUGAGGUAUGUAGCUGGUUGAAGAUGAAUAACCAUAUAAUUGCAAUUUGGCCUGAAUUGCCUGGUUCCAGAAGCUGUGAAAGCUGUUAGUCAUAAUUAAAGGGACCAAGCCAGCUGGAAAGAAGAGGAGCUUGAACCAGUAGGGAAAGAGGUAAAUCCAGGUCGAAGUUUCAAUUUGAAGAAGACCAGCUUCACAUUGAAGGACCAUAUUUGAAAUGCAGUGGGGUGCUUGAAAGAUGGUCCUCAGGAACUUAGACUGAACUCUUUCCAAGGGAAGAAAAGACCUGUAAGGUCCCAAUUGAGCUCCAAACAGGAGCUGGACUUGAAUCUUAGCUGAGAAGACUUAAAUUGCUGCAGGUAUAUACUGUGAGCCUUUAGAGAAAUACAAAGUUUGUACAGACACUGUUCUUAUGCAUUUAAGAUGACAUAGUUGGCUUGAGAUUAAUGGUGACCCAUAGCAAGAAAGACAAUCCCCAAAUAUUUGCAGGACAUAACUUCCUCAAUUAGAUUAUUAAGUCACCAAACAUGCAUCUUAGGGCACUUGGCAAAAACCACAACUUUGGUUUUAGAGUAGUUAAAUUCUAAACCAUCUUGCUGGCAAUGCUCAGCUAGCACAUGGAGUGCCCAUUUCAGGUCAAUCUGUGUUUGAGAAAUCAGCAGAGCAUCAUCUGCAUACAGAAGAGCGGAGAUGUGUCUGUUUCCCAAUUUCGGAGGAUGAAGAGAAGGGCUGUUAAGUUUAUCAAUAAGGGAAUUGAUGUAUAUAUUAUAAAGCAGAGGGGCUAGUAUACAUCCUUGUUUCACUCCCCUCUUAACUGGAAUUUCUUUAGUGCAGUGUCCUUGGACAUUGCAGCCUAAAGCUUAAUAAUAGUGUGAGACAAUAUUUAACCAAAAUAUAUUUUGGAAACACUACACCUCAUCUAAGUUCCUUCUUUUCUAAAGCUUAGGAGGAGAAACAAAAACCCAGCAGUGUCUUUUAUAAUACAACCCGUAUAGACUGAAAAACUGAAAUUCAGUUGGAAUGUCAACACUUUUUAAUAGUUUUCUGGGCUUGAAAGGAAAAAAAUGGUUAAGUUAUACUUUUAGAAGCAGACUAAGCAAAAUGAAAUACAGUUUUAUUAAAAGCAGAUGUCCCUUCUCUACUAUACAACACUUUUUGCAAGGGUUGGAUGAAAAGUACAAAUACCUUUGUGUCUUGCAAAAGAAAAAGAAAACAAAAACACUCCUUUGGGGCUCUUCAUAGGUUGUGGAGACAUGUAAAUGGAUGAAAAUGUUUGCCUGCUCAGAAUGAAAGAAACAGUGAGCCCUGCUCACCUCAAAGUGGCCAUGUGGCAUCUUGUAAUAUCAUAAUAGCUGUAACCCAAAACCAUAGGAAGAGGUACCUGCAACAAAACGAUAGGGAAAGUGCAUCUUUUCAGUACUCCAGGCAGGCAGCUACACUCACCUCCGUGAUACUCCAGACCAGUUCCCUUCCCACCUUUCUCAUUGGCAUUUCUCUCCAACAGUCAGCAUAUUCUGAUCUCUGAGCAUGCUUAAUUCUCAUUUGGCAGAUUGGGAUGUUUCACCUGUACUUAGGUGACGUUUGGGCUUCCCAAAAGCUAGCUGAUACCUCCCUCUUGUGUAUAGAAUAGAUUGUGCCCUUUCAGCUACAUUAGGACCUACAUAUACUUCUGAACUUUUGAAAUAGUGGGACUGAUAAAUUAGGCCCAACUAACUCGUCCAAUUGACUUCAGUGAGACUUAGGCCCAACUCUUGCUCAUGCUUAUGUGAUGCCUUAUUGGCUAGAAUCAGGUAGUAUGAAAAUCAAUUUCAAUAUAUUGGAAGAGGGUUGGAAUAAUAUUUUAAAAGUCUGUUGUGCUUAUACAAAGGCCUAUGGCAUGGAGAACAUGAGAUCUCCAGUUAGGAAAGCCAGUCUACAUUCGGAAACCGGAUUGUUCUAGACACAGUCACUCAUGUACAGAAGAAUGCACAAGGUGAGGGGGAAUUCUGUAUCCAGCAUUGGAGUUACCCAGCUCAGCAUCCAACAACUUUUGAAAACAGCCUAGUGUCUCCUGUACUAGAUCACCUGUACCAGAGCAGUCUGCACUGACCAUUAGUUUUUAAGUACAAAUUCAUGCAUAUAGCAGCUUCUCUUUUUGCUUUAAAAAUCUUUUGAUUGUGGAAGUGGUGUUUAUUUGCUUGAAUAAGAGAGUGUAUCACAGCCUUCUUGUAAUAUGGGAUGCUCUAUCAGCAUGAUGGUGUGCUAUAUGGGUCAGCAUAGUAAAGCCUAGAAAAGCUCACUUUUCACAUGUGUGUGCAUUACAUGUAUUUUAAUGAUACGGUUUGUGUAAAUAUUUUGUACUACUUGACACAAUAAACAUUACACAAUUCUUUUUUAAAA